AUGUCGGUUUCCGAUGGCAUAGAGGCGGCUUUAUGUGUAUUGGCACUGUGGUUUGUCAGCCAAAGCUUCUACUCUGUCACAUUCCACCCCCUUUCUGCCUUACCAGGUCCAUGGCUCUGCGCAAUUACGCGCAUUCCAUACUGGAUUCAGCUUUUCCGGGGCAAUGAAGUACAUUGGCUGCAUGACUUGCACAACCGUUACGGUACUGUCUUGCGAUUCGGCCCAGAUGACUUAAGCUACAUCUCCAGUGGCGCUUGGAAGGAGAUAUACGGUAACCGGUUAGAGCUUUCCAAAGCGCCAGAUUAUGGCAUUCAACCAGCAAACGGUAUUCGAAGUCUCAGCACCACCGAUGUUGAUACCCACCGUUUAUGGCGACGAAUGUUUGCACCCGCAUUUUCCGAAGUGGGAUUACGCAAACAGCAGCCAAUAUUCAAAGAACAUAUGGAUGCCAUGGUCUCACUGAUAGAGCGCAGACUUGACACCAACCUACGUUCAACAUCGCCAUCUGCGAAGGUUGAACUCACAAGCAUAUUCAGUUUCGCAACAUUUGACAUCAUGGCCGAUUUGUGUUUUGGACAGCCACUGGGGCUAUUGGAAAGGGAUCGAUCUAGCGCCUGGGUCAACUCAAUCUUCAAACUGAUCAAGCUAAUGCCGCUCUCUCUGUUCGUGGAGUACUACAAUGUUUCACGUUUUCUAUACAGGAAGUUUGAGCCAAAGUGUAUCCAGAAGAAAAAACAUGAACACUUCCAACAUUCAGCUCAAAGGGUACACGAAAGGGUCAAGACAGGAUCAACUCGGCCGGACAUCUGGAGGCAGGUUUCUCCAGCAGGACCUACUGAAAAGCUCAGUCUCAAUGCGAUGUGUUCCAACGCCGAGCUUUUCAUGCUAGCUGGGACAGAAACUAUCGCAACCCUUCUAAGUGGCUUGAUCUACCACCUUUGUCUACGUCCGGAGAAACUCGAGCUACUCAAAAAUGAGAUACGAGCGAGCUUUGAUACCGUAUCCGAUCUAUCCUUCAGGCGUCUCAGUCAGUGCGCGUACCUGAAUGCUUGUAUCAAGGAAGGCCUGCGCAUCUAUCCCCCCGUUGCGGUGGGUGUACCAAGGGUCGUCCGAGAGGGUGGUAUGCUGAUCGACAACUGUUGGAUACCCGGAGGAACUCGGUUAUCCGUCGCACAAUACGCAGCCUAUCACUCCGAAAGGAAUUUCAGGGACGCGAAUGCUUUCAUUCCUGAGCGAUGGCUGCCUCGUGGCGCCCAGAACAAAACUGACGUGGACGUCCACGCAGACCCCAGUCCAGAUGUGUUCCAUCCUUUCUCGUACGGUUCUCGAGACUGUUUGGGCCGGAACUUAGCAUUGCAUGAGAUACGAUUGAUCAUGGGGGCAUUGCUUGUUAAGUUCGAUUUCGAGCUAUGCGAGGAGAGCCAUGGAUGGGAAAAACAACUAAAUUUCUUGAUGUGGAUUAAGGAGCCCUUGUUCUGUCUUGUCUCGCCAGUGCCCUCCAAAAAUUAA